AUGUCUUCCGGUCGCACCAUCACUCUCAACACUGGCGCCAAGGUGCCUGCUCUCGGCUACGGCACCUGGCAGGCGGCCCCCGGCGAGGUCGGUGCCGGCGUCUUCGAGGCCCUCAAGGCCGGAUACCGCCACCUCGACCUGGCCAAGGUCUACGGGAACCAGCGCGAGGUCGGUGAGGGCAUCCAACGCGCCAUCGCCGAGGUCCCGGGCCUCAAGCGUGAGGACAUCUUCAUCACCUCCAAGCUCUGGAACGACAGCCACCAGCCGGAGAACGUCGCCGCCGCGCUCGACGACACCCUCCAGGAGCUCGGGCUGGAAUACCUUGAUCUAUACCUCAUCCACUGGCCCGUCGCCUUUGAGCACGGAGACGGUCUCUUCCCCAAGGAUGCCAACGGCGGUACUCGCCUCGACAAGAAGACUUCCAUCACCCAGACCUGGAAGGCCAUGACCGAGCUCCCCAAGAGCAAGACCCGCGCUGUCGGAGUUUCCAACUUUACCAUCAACCACCUCGAGACCGUCAUCAAGGCCACCGGCGUCACCCCCGCCGCCAACCAGAUCGAGCGCCACCCGCGCCUCGUCGACGAGCCGCUCGUCAAGUACUGCGCCGACAAGCACAUCAUCCUGACCGCCUACUCGGCCUUUGGCAACAACACCGUCGGCGCGCCGCUGCUGCUCGUCCACGAAGAGGUCAAGGCCGUCGCCGAGCGCCUGACCGCCGCCCGCGGUCGCACCGUCACCCCGGCCCACGUCCUGCUCGCUUGGGCCCAGGUCGGCGGCCACACCGUCAUCCCCAAGUCCGUCACCGCCGCCCGCAUCCGCGAGAACUUUCAGGAGGUCGACCUCGACAAGGAGGACGUCGAGCGCCUCAACAAGAUUGGCGAGGACAAGCACAGAUUCAACAUUCCCUUCACUUACAAGCCCAACUGGAACGUCGACAUCUUUGGCGACGACCGCGAAAAGGCCGCCACCACCCAGGUUGUCUUGUAA